AUGGUCUAUAUAGCCACCGUGGGGGAUGGUCUAGCCACCGUGGGGGAUGGUCUAGCCAUCGUGGGGGAUGGUCUAGCCACCGUGGGGGAUGGUCUAGCCACCGUGGGGGAUGGUCUAGCCACCGUGGGGGAUGGUCUAGCCAACGUGGGGGAUGGUCUAGCCACCGUAAGGGAUGGUCUAGCCACCGUGGGUGAUGGUCUAGCCACCGUGGGGGAUGGUCUAGCCACCGUGGGGGAUGGUCUAGCCACCGUGGGUGAUGGUCUAGCCACCGUGGCGGAUGCUCUAGCCACCGUGGGGGAUGGUCUAGCCACCGUGGGGGAUGGUCUAGCCACCGUGGGGGAUGGUCUAGCCACCGUGGGGGAUGGUCUAGCCACCGUGGGGGAUGGUCUCGCCACCGUGGGGGAUGGUCUAGCCACCGUGGGGGAUGGUCUAGCCACCGUGGGGGAUGGUCUAGCCACCGUGGGGGAUGGUCUAGCCACCGUGGGUGAUGGUCUAGCCACCGUGGCGGAUGCUCUAGCCACCGUGGGGGAUGGUCUAGCCACCGUGGGGGAUGCCACCGUGGGGGAUGGUCUAGCCACCGUGGGGGAUGGUCUAGCCACCGUGGGGGAUGGUCUAGCCACCGUGGGGGAUGGUCUAGCCACCGUGGGGGAUGGUCUAGCCACCGUGGGGGAUGGUCUAGCCAACGUGGGGGAUGGUCUAGCCACCGUAAGGGAUGGUCUAGCCACCGUGGGUGAUGGUCUAGCCACCGUGGGGGAUGGUCUAGCCACCGUGGGGGAUGGUCUAGCCACCGUGGGGGAUGGUCUAGCCACCGUGGGGGAUGGUCUAGCCACCGUGGGGGAUGGUCUAGCCACCGUGGGGGAUGGUCUAGCCACCGUGGGGGAUGGUCUAGCCACCGUGGGUGAUGGUCUAGCCACCGUGGCGGAUGCUCUAGCCACCGUGGGGGAUGGUCUAGCCACCGUGGGGGAUGGUCUAGCCACCGUGGGGGAUGGUCUAGCCACCGUGGGGGAUGGUCUAGCCACCGUGGGGGAUGGUCUAGCCACCGUGGGGGAUGGUCUAGCCACCGUGGGGGAUGGUCUAGCCACCGUGGGGGAUGGUCUAGCCACCGUGGGGGAUGGUCUAGCCAACGUGGGGGAUGGUCUAGCCACCGUAAGGGAUGGUCUAGCCACCGUGGGUGAUGGUCUAGCCACCGUGGGGGAUGGUCUAGCCACCGUGGGGGAUGGUCUAGCCACCGUGGGUGAUGGUCUAGCCACCGUGGGUGAUGGUCUAUAG